ACCCUGCUCCGCCGCCACCGCUGCCGCCGCUGCUGCCUUUCUUCCUUGUCCCGGGUCGUGCGCGCCGAGCUCGGGAUCCGGCUCCCAGUCUAGCCCCGCUUCGGGCCGUGCGCCCUUUGCUCGGCGUCCGGCUCCGGGGCUCCGCGCCACCCGCUCCCGCCUGCCCGGCCGCCUGGCCGCCUCCCCGUAGUCAGAGCGCGGCCACCGAGCUGCUCGCGCCAGCCGCAUCCGCGCCGCCCCUGCCGAUCGGCCCUCCGGAGGCACCGCUCCGGGUCCCCCCCGCCACUGCCUGGCACCCAGGCUGCCCACCUCGCGACCCGGGUCCUCGCUGCCGCCUCGCCCGGCCCCACUGUUCUCUCCACGGGGUCUCGCCAGCUCUUUCUCGUCGCCGCCACCGCCGCCCCCUUGGAGCAGCGGGUCCGCCGCGGGUCACCAUGCCCAGCAAAACCAAGUACAACCUUGUGGACGAUGGGCACGACUUACGGAUCCCUUUGCACAACGAGGACGCCUUCCAGCACGGCAUCUCUUUUGAGGCCAAGUACGUGGGAAGCCUGGAUGUGCCCAGACCCAACAGCAGGGUUGAGAUCGUGGCUGCCAUGCGCAGAAUCCGGUAUGAGUUUAAAGCCAAGAAUAUCAAGAAGAAGAAAGUAAGCAUCAUGGUCUCCGUGGACGGUGUCAAAGUGAUUCUGAAGAAGAAGAAAAAGAAAAAGGAGUGGACGUGGGAUGAGAGCAAGAUGCUGGUGAUGCAGGACCCUAUCUACAGGAUCUUCUAUGUCUCUCAUGACUCCCAAGACUUGAAAAUCUUCAGCUAUAUCGCUCGAGAUGGUGCCAGCAAUAUCUUCAGAUGCAAUGUCUUUAAAUCCAAGAAGAAGAGCCAAGCUAUGAGAAUCGUACGGACAGUGGGACAGGCCUUUGAGGUCUGCCACAAGUUGAGCCUGCAGCACACACAGCAGAAUGCAGAUGGCCAGGAAGAUGGAGAGAGCGAGAGGAACAGCGAUGGCUCAGGAGACCCAGGCCGCCAGCUCACUGGAGCUGAGAGGGUCUCCACAGCCACCGCAGAGGAGACCGACAUUGACGCUGUGGAGGUCCCACUCCCCGGGAAUGACAUUCUAGAAUUCAGCCGAGGUGUGACUGACCUGGAUGCUAUUGGGAAGGACGGAGGCUCCCACAUAGACGCGACGGUCUCACCCCAUCCACAGGAGCCCAUGCUGGCAGCCUCCCCUCGCAUGCUGCUCCCUUCUUCUUCUUCCUCGAAGCCACCGGGCUUGGGCACUGGGACGCCCCUGUCCACUCACCACCAGAUGCAGCUCCUCCAGCAGCUCCUCCAGCAGCAGCAGCAGCAGACACAAGUGGCUGUGGCUCAGGUUCACUUGCUGAAGGAUCAGUUGGCUGCUGAGGCUGCGGCACGGCUGGAGGCCCAGGCACGAGUGCACCAGCUCCUGCUACAGAACAAAGACAUGCUUCAGCACAUCUCUCUGCUGGUUAAGCAGGUGCAGGAGCUGGAACUGAAGCUGUCAGGACAGAGCACCAUGGGCUCCCAGGACAGCUUGCUGGAGAUCACCUUCCGUUCAGGUGCCCUGCCUGUGCUCUGUGAAUCCACCACUCCUAAGCCAGAGGACCUACACUCACCACUGCUGGGCGCUGGCUUGGCUGACUUUGCCCACCCAGUGGGCAGCCCCUUAGGUAGGCGUGACUGCUUGGUGAAGCUGGAGUGCUUUCGUUUCCUCCCAGCCGAGGAUAACCAGCCGAUGGCACAGGGUGAGCCGCUCCUAGGUGGCCUGGAGCUCAUCAAGUUCCGAGAGUCAGGCAUCGCCUCAGAGUAUGAGUCCAACACAGACGAAAGCGAGGAGCGUGACUCGUGGUCGCAGGAAGAGCUGCCACGCCUGCUCAAUGUCCUACAGCGGCAGGAGUUGGGUGACAGUUUGGAUGAUGAGAUCGCCGUGUAGGUGCAGGGCAAGGAGCUAGUGAAGGUGGCAGCAUGAUGCCAAGGGGGUCAAGUCUGCCUGUCCCCGGCUGGGGAAGCCCAGGGGAAAGCACCGCUGAGAAAAACACCCAGGGCUGAGAGUGUAGGGUUUCAGAAGAGGGUUGGGAUUUUGCUUUGGAAGGUAAAGCAGGGAAGAAAAUGGAUUCCUAGACACAGGAAUCAGCACCUGUAUUCUGCUAAUGACUGAAUGGGACGGAAGCAGGGCUUUCCAGAACCCAGGACCUUGGGAUGGGUCCGCCUUCAGAAUCACAGUUCUGGAAGGCCUGUUGCUCCCACCGUUAUAGUCAGGUUCUACUCAAUCUGUCCGUGAUGUCUCAGUGGCCUACACUCUCCUGUCUCUGUGGUGCAGAUCAUAAAUGGAAGCCAUUGAUACCGUCUCACGUACUUUGUUUUGGAUAUCAGGAUGCUACAAGUUGCCUAACCCUCCCUUAAGCUGUAGGAGAAUUCCUUCCCCAGGCCCUGGCUGAGAUCAGAGAGGUUGGAGGAUUUCCCUCACUGCUGGGAAAUUGAGACUCUGCCAUUCAGUGAGCAUGGAGGUGACAGCAGUCACAAGUCACAGUGAAUAAACUAGGAAUUUACUCUAAGUGGGGUGUUGGAUGUUGCUUCUGAGGAAGCUAGGAGUAUGAAUAGGAUUGAGGACCCUGCAGGGAGAGCCUGGGGAGGGUUAGCCUAGGGGAGGGUUAGCCUAGAGAAGGGUUAGCCUAGGAGUGCUGAUGACAGUUGUGGCAGCUCAUGUAGGUGUGAUUCUUCAGUUUGGAAACCAUGCCCCUUACCCAUCUCCUGCCUGCAACCCAGCUCAUAUAAACGAGGCUAAGAACUAUCAUAAUAUCCCCUUUUCUUGCCUCAGGGGCUGUGCCUGCCUAAGCUUUGACAGUACUAUGCCUUUGUGUAAGUCUCAGAGACCCAGAACCCCCUGCCUUACCUCUCUCUACCUGUCCCCUCCACUGGGCAGUAGUGGUCAGUUUUUACUGAGAAAAAGAAAAAGAAAGAAAGAAAGAAAUGGACAUAAGCUGAUAGCUGAGACCGUCUAUCCUUAAGAAUCACUGCCACUUAGAUGAGAUCAGGGACCACAGCUGUGCCACCCCAGCCUGUUUCUCUGCAGGUGCGUGCCUUGAGCACAAGAGUUAAAAGUGCAACUUUAAUCUCUUGCCAUCUAGGCCUUGCCUAGGGGGUCUCCACUCAAUAAUAGGCUGGCUAGGCCAAUGAGAAAAGUUCCUUUUCCCCCAUAAGACCUUAACUGGUGAAUAGAUUUUCAACCCCUGAAGAGAAAGCUGACACAUGUUCAAAGUCAUAUGAUGUGGGGAGGAGGUCAUGUUCAUCCUGGACAAACUGUAGGCCAAACCGCAGUGUUAUCAGAGGGAAAGGAUGGAGUUCCCCCAAUGGAGUUCUUCAACCCCAGCUUUGCUUUGAAAUGUAUCUAAAUGCAAGCAUGGCCCUUUUUAUAGCCACAGUGUAGUCAUUGUUAAAGGAAAUUAACAAAGCUUUGUUAUCUUUACUCCCUAGUGCAUGGGGGUGUCAAUAGUAAUAGAAUGGGGUGGCGUGUGUGUAUGUGUGUGUGUGUGUGUGUGUGUGUGUGUGUGUGUGUGUGUGGUGUGUGUGGUGUGUGUGUGUGGUGUGCGCGUGGUGUGUGUGUGUGUGUGUGUGUGUGUAUGUGUUUGUGCGUGUUGUGGACAUGCUUUUAGACUUCUGAGAAGUGACUAGAAAGAUUCUCCAGGGUGUUCAGAUAAACAGUAGAAUUGUAUCCUUUUCCCAACCUGAUUUUGUUGACAAGGUAGAAUUCUGUUUGUUGAUUUUCUAAUUAACCAUCAGAAGGAUAUCCAGAUACACAGGGAAGGGAGAAUUCCAGGUGUGAGGUCCACAACACUGAAGGGGCAGAUAUGUGGCGGGAUUCAAGAUAGGCUGAGCAGAAUUUACUCAAUUCCAAUCCAGGAUCGAAGGUCCUGGAGUCUAGGCUUUUGUGUAUCUGAGGGAGUGGGUGGUCUGUUUCUUCAAGGUCUACUUCCUGUGAGCGGGAGCUGAGAGUAAAAUCAGAAACAAGUAGAAGUGUGUGGAUUGUGGGUGGAAAGGGUUUGUAGGAUAGAGUGAAGCAGUGUGUGGGUAGGAUACUGGUUCUUAAAGCCCUGGAAAGGAAAGAGGAGGGAAUGGAAGAUAUGGAAGGGUUGGAAACAUGUCUAAUGGAUGGGUAGACGAUGACUUGAGACUCAUGGAAGACUUUGCCCUUGGUUUCUGUCUUCUUUGACCCUCCCCUUUCCCUGAUUAAGACUUCCCUGGAGAAUCCAUUUGUGUGCCAUAUCCUCCCCAGUAAGACCCGAAUCUGGACACACUUGGUCUGUGGAGAUGGGAAACAAAGAGCAGAUCUAGGGGCCUUAUGAGGUCACCAGCCACCGACCAUCCAUUUAGGCCAACAGACAGGACAGGGAAUGCCGCAGACCCAGGUCCCCAACAACAGCUGCACCCUUCUUUGCUUCUUGCGCUGCUAACUCAACGCUGCCUUCCUCCUUUUCACCCUUCUACUCUGCCCUGUGUGGAGGACACAUGAACAUCAGGGGUUCCUUAGUGAUGCCCACCCCAGGUGCAGGAAAACUCUUGGGCAUACAAGGCUUUGCAGUCGCAGAGGCAGGACAGAUCUUCUCUGCACAGGAUGGACGGCACGUGGGAACCGGAAACUGCAUUCCUUACAUUCCUGCUUUUACUGAUGCUAUCUGUGAAAACCUUCCUGACUCUCAGCUGACCUUGUUUCCGGAUUGUGUUCCUUUAUUUGCUCUUUGCUCGACUGUUCUCCUCCCUUCUCCCUCCUCCCUCCCACCUAUCCUAGCCUCCUGCUUCCUAAAACUGUUUUGUCCUUAACUGUUGGGUCAGCUCUCUGGGAAACGGUUCUGUUGAUGUAAGUGCACUUACCCUGGGAUGUUGUCACUAGUUAGUGGCUUUUGCUAAAUAAACCUUUCUUAUUUCUCAAA